CUCUCCUUCUCUGCAUAAGACAAUAAACCAUAUUUGGAGAAAAAUCAAAGUGAUUAGCAAAGAUGUCUUCAGCUCGUUAUGCGAUCACACGGCUAGGUUUGGCUCGAUCCUUAGGGGAGAGUCAGGUUGGUGCAUCUCGUUCCGUUGGAUCGGUUCGGUGCUUCAGCGACGACAAAGGUCGUGUGCUUAGCGAUGAGGAACGCGCCAAAGAGACUAUUUACAUCCAGAAAAUGGAGAAGGAGAUACUUGAGAGGAAGAAGAAACUCGAGCAACAGAAGCCAGAUAGUGAGAAAGGAAGUGCAGGAAAGAAGCCAGAGGAUAAGAAGCCAUGAGUUCAUCAUCGGCGUUAACAUGUGGUCACAAGGCAAGCAAAAAAAAUGAAGAAUAAAGCCUUUGACAGUUUGACCUUUGUCCUCUUGGUUUGAGACUUUGUACUUGUCACCCUCCUGAUGUAUGUUUGUUUCGUGUGUGUUCUAAAGAAAUCAAGUUUGAGACUGAAAACAUAAAUGACUGCCUCAGUUUGAAAAACAA